CCUGCUACGUCACCGGUGGGGAAUGCGGCUCCGCUGCAGACAUGGCUGCAGAGCUGCAGAGAUAGAGGCCUCCGGAUCCGGACAAAAUGGCACUGAGGAAAAGAGAGCAAUAACAGUACUGUGAAAGUGAAAGGCCACCGGAAGUCCUCUUUGAUUAUUCGCCGUCGCCUCCCUCUCUGCUCAGCUGUGACACUUCAGGAGUUUUCAGUCUGCAAGAGUCCCAUCUGACCUGAUGGAUAAAUAAACGUGCCAUGUCCGGUCCCACCUGGCUACCACCGAGGACUCUGGACAGCCCAGACCGAGCCGUCCCCCAGAUGUCCCACUCCGCCGGGGCAGCGAUCUACCGAGCCCCGAACAAGAAGGGCACGUCAGACUUCAGACCAAAAUAUGGCCAGUAUGACCAGAACGGAGGCGGAGGGAUGGGCACCAGGUACAUGGCUACCGGACCCACAGGUGGGCCCAUCCAUCACUCCUCAGGUGAUCACUACUACGCUCCUCCCCACGGGCCCAAAGACGACCGCAACUGGAGCCCCCGCAUGGACAACUAUGACCUGAUGCACCGAGGUCCAGAGAAGCCCGGCACCUAUCACUCCAAGAUUGAUGCAGAUAUCGACUCCCUCACCGGGAUGCUGGCCGACCUGGACAGCCACCCGCAGGAUUCCAGCGCUCAGCUCUACGACAACGUGCCUUACAACAAAUACAUCUCAGGGGAUCACUACAAGCCGGCGCGUCACAGUCCGGUCCCCCCUCAGGGUCGGCCCUCCCUGGGCUACAGCCCUCACCCCCAGCAGAGCCAGUACCACCCGGCGCCCCCCUACCCCAGUGAGCACCAGAGCCCCCAGUACUCCCACCAGCAGGACUACUACCGCUCGUCCAGUCCUAAGCCCUACCCCCAGCCCGUCCCGGCCUCCUACACCACCGCCUCCACCCCCACCGGGCCCAGGUUCAGCGUGCAGGUGAAAACGGCCCAGCCCGUGACCUACUCUCAGACCGGCAGGCAGGCCGAGCAGGCGUACACGCCGCCGCCUCCUCGCCAGCACACCACCAGACCCCCGCCCCAGACCCAGAGCAGCUCCCAGAGCUGGUACCCCCCACACCCCAGCUCUCAGGUCCAGGAGAUGCACUCUGACGGGUACAAGGGCGGAGGCUCGGGGCCAGCGGGGAGAGUUAACCAGCUUCCCAUGUCCAAGAGGGAGAUGGAAAAUAAUCAGGCUGGAGUCACUCAGAGUCCUGCUUACCAGUCAAGCAAGCAGGGGGCAGCAUCGAUGAGGCCUGAAGAAGAGCUGGAUCGUCUCACCAAGAAGCUGGUCUAUGAUAUGAACCACCCACCUUCAGAAGACUUUUUUGGUCGCUGUGCGCGCUGCGGGGACAACGUGGUGGGCGAUGGCAGUGGCUGCAUCGCCAUGGAGCAGGUUUUCCACGUGGAGUGCUUCACAUGCAUCACCUGUCACGCCCGUCUCCGGGGGCAACCCUUCUACGCACUUGACAAGAAGAGUUACUGUGAGAGCUGUUACAUUAGUACAUUAGAGCACUGUUCGAAAUGCUCCAAGCCCAUCCUGGACCGCAUCCUGCGUGCCAUGGGGAAGGCCUACCAUCCCCGGUGCUUCACCUGCGUGGUUUGUAACUGCUGCUUGGACGGGGUUCCCUUCACCGUGGACGCCACGUCUCAGAUCCACUGCAUAGACGACUUCCACCGGAAGUACGCGCCGCGCUGCUCGGUGUGCGGCGAGCCCAUCAUGCCUGAACUGGGGCAGGAGGAGACGGUGAGGAUCGUCGCUCUGGACCGCAGCUUCCACGUCAACUGUUACAUUUGUGAGGAAUGUGGGCUCCUGCUGUCGUCCGAGGGCGAGGGUCGGGGCUGCUACCCGCUGGAUGGUCACAUCUUGUGCAAGAGCUGCAGCGCUCGCCGCAUCCAGGACCUCUCCGCCAAAAUCUCCACCGACUGCUAACGCCGCGUCUCCCGCACCCGCUCCGCAUCCACCUCUCCAGCCCUUUCACAGCCCACGGGUUACUGAUAGCACAGACAGGCGUGCCAUUUUUCACCUUUCUUCUUUUUUUUUUGUCUUAUGUUUCGCUAUAGCUAUGAGAAUUGUAAUGCACACAUUUUCAUCCACUCCUCUCCAAUGCCUUCACUUUUCUUUUUUCUUCUCUAAAUCCGGUACAUUGUAGAUCAUGUUGAGCUCAUUGUUUCGUACGACGGUAGCCUGACCUGCAGGCAGCUUGGGCUCCACUAUCCACAUCGGUACUGCUCACAAAUAACGUUUCACUUCAUCAUAUGGAUAAAAAUACAUGGAUACUAAUUUUUGAUGCACACAGCAAUUAAGACGAGGACUUGUCCAAAAAUAUCCCAAAAAUGAGAUGUGUAUUUUUGUAAAAUGCUGUCAUUGAGAGCUGAACUUGCCUCCAAACUCUCUUCUAAAAGCACAGAAUACAACAAAAUGUGACUGUACAUAAAAUACUGCUUUGGUUUGAUCGUGAGUCGGGUUGUUUUGGAAAGUUUUUAGCCUUUAGAGGAAGGAGUGAAACUUGCAGUGAAAGUAGCCUCGCAAAAAAAAAAAAAACAAGAAAUGUAGACAAAAGGAAUGUGUUAGUUACCUUGACAACCAGGUUUUCUUUUCCUUUAGAUUUCAUUAAACGCUCAACAACAUCAUUUAUCGUUACAUUGUUGUGUCGUGGAGUUGUUUAGUUGAAGUUCACAAAAGGAUUUUUUACCUUUUUAAAUGUCUAUAAAACACUUUUUGUCUGGCUUUAUGUUUGUCCGUUGUUUGAUACUUGACUGUUACAUUGAAGAUGAAGGUGCAAUGAAGUCGAACACGUCUUGUCUUCUGAAGGAAAACAGGGUGCCAGUCACUUUUGUAGAGCUUGAGUUACGUGGAGAGUUUUGUGUACGUGCCAUUCAGACGAAGAUCCAAAACCCAUCUCUAGUUGCAGAAUAAAAACAAUAUCCGGUUUAAAAAGGGUGAAGGGAUAAUGGCUUUUAGUUCAGGAUGAUGAAUGUUCAGUAUUAGGUGACGGUUUUUCCCCUCAGGACGGGUUUUUGUUCAUGAUCUUAACUCUUCACUCGUGAAGUAAAUCUUUCGUCGUUGCACUCGUGGGCCGAGUUGUCGCGCUCGACUUUCGGAGAGACGGUAUUUGCUACGAUCGUCUCUCUUUUCCGUCCACAUUUCGUACGUGUGAAACGUAAAGGGCUACACGUGUGAAAGCUUUACCUCAAGGAUUUCAUUUGAUUUCAUUUUUGAAACGAGGUUGACUGUGAAUUCAGCUUUUGUUUACUUUUUUUUUUGUGAUAGACCUUGAUCUUGAUACGAAAACGGUUCAGACUUUUCCUCUCUUCCUGUCUCUUGAUACGUUAUAUUUGCAUUAUCAUUGAAAUGAUCGUUUUCAUAAAUGUUUCAGGUGUACUUUUACGGUCCUAAAUCAUGCCGACUCUUGUGUUCUUGAAUCAGUUUUGUGUCUCGUGCAUCUUGUUUCAUCUAUUUAUCGCGCUUCAUCUGUGCUAAUUUUCAAACGCUGUGAACCGGAGCUUGUAGAAUAAAUCUGUCCACAAUUCUGUGACACGAGUCGUUUCUUUCGGAGGAUGUUUUGUACUGGAUAAACCGUAUUUUCAACAAAACAGACAAACAAUCAGCAUUUAGUUUAAUGAAUGUCAAGCACAUGUGGAUACAAAUGGAUUUUUUUCCUAAUUCUGAUUGUAGAAUUGUACUUUAUUAUUAAAUUGUUGGCAAGUCAGAA